GCUUCCGGAAAAUAUGUUUGGUAAGAAGUCGUUUCUGCAGCGGUGACCGACAGAGAAGCUUGUCAUCUAAGGUGAGCGUCCUCAGGUGCGUCUACCUGCGGUCACCGCCAUGUUGCUUCCCCUACUGCUGCGUCCGUCACUCUGCGGCUCUCGGGCCUCGGUUCUGUUGCCGGGUUGCGUCCGGACGCUUCCCGGCGGCGCUGCAGCGAGGACGCUCCACUGUCAGACCGAGGACUUCCUGCGGCGGCGACUUCCUGCUCGCCUCGUCGCUCAGAGCCGUGGCAGGAAGUGGCGUAGCCAGCAGGACGAGUGGCGGACCAGGAACAAGACGGUGCUGACCUACAUUGCCGCCGCCGGUGUGGGGAUGAUUGGCCUGUCCUAUGCCGCCGUGCCGCUCUACCAGCUCUACUGCCAGGCGUCGGGCCUCGGCGGCACGGCGGUGGCCGGACAUGACACCGACCAGGUGGCCACCAUGACGCCGGUGAAGGAACGAGUCAUCAAGGUGACCUUCAAUGCCGACACCCACGCCAGCAUGCAAUGGAACUUCAGACCGCAACAGACAGAGAUCUUCGUGGUUCCAGGUGAGACGGCGCUGGCCUUCUACCGGGCCAAGAACCCGACAGACAAACCCAUCAUCGGCAUCUCCACCUACAAUGUGGUUCCCUUCGACGCCGGACAGUACUUCAACAAGAUCCAGUGUUUCUGUUUUGAGGAGCAGCGUCUGAAUCCCCACGAGGAGGUCGACAUGCCCGUCUUCUUCUACAUCGACCCGGAGUUCGAUGAGGACCCUCGGAUGGCCCGAGUGGAGACCAUCACGCUGUCCUACACCUUCUUCGAGGCCAAGGAAGGCCAGAAGCUGCCGCUGCCCGGAUACAGCUACAACUAAAGAAACUGAGAAAACGCUCCAAGACUCUUCUCUCUAACGUCUGUUAGAUCUGAAAAAUGACAGGAUCCUGAGUUCAACUGGUGUUUUCUUUAAUCAGGAAUCGUCCAGAUGUCUGAAUGAGCAGAUCAUAAAGAAAGAGGAUCUCAGUUAGUUUAAAGAGAGAACUGGUCAGUAAAGAUUAUAUCGUUAGUUUGACAGUGAAGAAUCCUGGAUCAGUUUUCCGACAUGAAAACCAGUAAAACUUCUGACUGAACUGUUUCUGGUGUCGCUGAAAUGGCGAUGCUUUGAUACCUGAGAGACUGGAGACGAACUCUGAUUAUUAUUCACUGUUUAAAUGAAUCGACACAUCAAUAAAUUAUGAAUGAAAUGUAAAAAAAACUGCAGUUAUAUAAAAACAUCCCUAAUUUA